AUAUGUCUGCGCCCUUUGCUUUUGUAGUCUGAAAUAUGAAAAAUAUUUAGUUAUUAUUUUCCUUCUCUCGAGUAGUAUCUUGAAAGGAAAGAUGUACACCCUACUAUCUGGGCUUUGGAAGUACAUGUUUCAGAAGGAUGAAUGUAAUGUUUUGAUUUUGGGUCUUGACAAUGCUGGGAAAACUACUUACCUUGAGCAAACAAAAAUAAAAUUCACAAAAAACUACCAGGGCAUGAACUUGAACAAAAUUACAACCACUGUAGGUCUAAACAUUGGGAAGAUAGACAUUGGGCAUGUGAGAUUAAAUUUCUGGGAUCUUGGAGGCCAAGAAGAGCUACAAUCACUGUGGGACAAAUAUUUUGCUGAAUCUCAUGGUGUGAUCUACAUUGUUGAUUCUUCAGACACAGACAGAAUAGAGGAGUCUAAAGAGGCCUUUGAAAAAAUGGUGUCCAAUGCUCAAUUACAGGGGGUACCCUUACUGGUUCUGGCUAAUAAGCAAGAUCUGCAGGACUGUAUGACUGUGCCAAGUGUAAAGCAGGUCUUCUUUGAGAGUAGUGAGAAGUACGGGGGAAGAGACUGUAAUAUAAUGGGCAUCUCAGCUUUAAAAGGGGAAGGAAUCAAGGAUGGUAUAUUCUGGCUUGUAGAGAGUAUUAAAAACAAUAGUGAAGUUAGACCACCAGUUCAGAGGGAAAUCACAUGACCAAACAUCACGAUGGAGACCAGAAGAGAUAGGUGCUAUCUUACAAAAACUUUGAUGCCUUGUGUAUUUCAUGAUUUACUUCACAAAAAAAAGGCAUUUUAAAAUGUACAUGUAGUUGGGUAUUGGGAUAGGAUGGUUAAGACUUGAAAAUGAGAAUUAUUUAUAUCGAACUGCUAUGUUUGUUGUAUAGAGUUAUCUUUAUUUAUUGUUUUGAACUGUUCACUGUCUGUUUUCAGGUAGUGGUUAUAUAUUGUGUUGUUAUUUUAUUUGAUUGAUAUACACUAUGUCAAAUGUAAAAUUUUUGAUAGUGAUAAAAAAAAUUUAAUGUAUGUAUGAAAUUGUUGAAUCAAGAUUUUUUUUUCUAAAAAUGGUAGGAUUUCAUUUGCAUGUACAAGUGUAUUAAUCAGUUACAAAACAAAUGAUAUUUAUUUUAAAAAGACAUUGACAAAUCCUAGUUGUAAGAUUUUGUAAAUGCUGAUGUAUCUCUGUUUAUUUUAAUUUCUCAAACAAAUCUCUGUUUAAAUAUGUCAUUAAUUACUGGUACCUAUACUUAGGCCAAAAAAAUUGCUGGACAAUUUCAAAAUUGCUUUCAAUAGAACACAAAAAUCACUUGAUUAAUGCAUCUUUGUAUAUUUGGUGUGAAUGAAGAAUGGAGGGAAAAAUGAGUAUUAUGUAAGUGUAUAGGUGUUCUUCUCUGGUACACUGUUGAAAAAACAUAUAUUUGUCAGGACGAAUUGUGAUAUUUUCACCCUCAGAGAGACUUUAAAAUUUUGCUGAAACUUUAAGAUAUACAGGUAUUAGUUUGUUUUAAUUGGUACUGCUCUUCUAUAAUAAUGAUCUCUUAUUGAAAUACAAUGUAUAUCUGAA